AUGACGAGAAUACGACAGCGACCGUCCCACGACGCUUCAUCCUCUGCUUCAUUCCCCUGCGGCAGCCGCCACCUCCUCGUCGUCCUCACCCUCUUCGUCAUCCCCAGCCUGCUCCUCGGCACCGCCUCAGCCCUCGAAAACGACUUCUCCUUCUACCCGGCCGACGCGCAGGCGUGUCUGACGCAGGCGGGCGCCCGCUCGGCGUGCCGGGGCAGCACGGUGAGCGAGCUCAACGGGUGCCUGUGCGGCAACGGCAGCGGCUUCGUGAGCGGCGCGGCGCGGUGCCUGGGCCAGCGCGACGCCGGCGAUGUGGCGGCCGUGUACCGCACUAUGGUGGAUGCGUGUGAACGCUCGGCGACGCCCCUGAGUGUGGGCCGGAGUGAGUUUCUUGCCUUGGCUGGGGAGGGGAAGACGGCGAGCAGCGCGAGGACGAGGACGAGGACGACGUCGACGAAGACGAGGCCGAGUGAAACAUCGACAACGACGACGACGACGAAAACAGGCAGUGAGACGGCGUCGUCAAAGAAGUCGCCGGCAACAGCUUCGGCAUCGGCAUCGGCACCUCCCAGUGGUGACGACGACGACAAUCAAAACCGUGCCAGCGACUCAGCGCACCACCUCUCCCAAGGCGCCAUCAUCGGCAUCGCCACGGGCGUCUCGGUGGGUGGCGUCGCCGCCGUCGCCCUCGUCGCCUUCCUGCUCUUCCACCACCGGCGGCGCCAGGGCCGACCCAAGCCCCAGGGCGAGGCCGACGCCAUGCUCGGCAGCGGCCCGCCGACGACGCCCUCGGGGAUACCGCCCACGCCGUCGGCGUCGUCGUCGGCCGAGCACAAGUCCGUUUGGUCGCCGUACGAGUGGCCGACGUCGCCGCCGCCGCCGCAGCAGCAGCAGCACCACCCCGUGUACGAGAUGGAUGCGACGAGCUUGCCGCAGCAGAUGCAGGGCUCUGAGCCGCCGCGGUUCCCGGCGCCGAGAUAG